AAUGUAGAUUCAUUGAACGGCAUAGCUGGGUGUUGAUAUGCUGCAAUCUCAAAACAGAAAAUUUAUUUAAAAUGACAAAUUCUUAAUAAUACAUGCCACAAAAAAACUUACUGAGCAUCCAGGAAACCCAUGACAUGUAUCUCAGUUAUCUGAAGGAAGCACAGCUAAAACAGACACCCACAAGUGUCAUAUUAACUCCAAUAACCACAGAGUAGUAUAAUGAGUUGUACUGACCUCUCCCAAAGGGACAGAACAACUUCUUCCUAGUGGCAGAGAGAACUGUGUAGAACGGCUUUGGACGACUCACAGAAGAUGGAGAAAAGGCUGGAAGUCAGUCUUCUGUUUUUUACUGGAUAUUUAUCCAUAUUCAUUUAUCCAAAUCACAUCAGUGGCUUUAACCUGGAUCUGAACAAAUACACCGUCUUCUCUGGCCCUGAGGACAGCUACUUUGGGUUCUCAGUCGACUUUUAUCAGUCAAGCAGCGAAAGUAUAAGUGUGGUGGUUGGAGCACCCAGAGCAAACACUAGCCAGACUGGGAUCUCUCAUGGCGGCUCUGUCUUCAUGUGUCCCUGGACAUCAAGUGGAGAAUCGUGUCAGACAUUAAACUUUGACCAAAAAGGUGAUGAAAACAUCACGUUUGGUAACAUGCUCCUAAUGGCUCACAAAUCAAACCAGUGGCUGGGCGCUUCAGUUCGAGCCUACAACAACUACAUCUUGGCCUGUGCCCCUUUGUUCCACUGGAACGUGCUUUUGGAAAAAGAGGAGGCCAUGAAUACACCUGUUGGGAACUGCCAGCUUUUGAACAUGCAAACUGGACAGUUGGCAAACUACGCCCCCUGCAGGGAAGAAUAUGUUGAGACGAUUUACACCAGAGGCUAUCCUGACAGGCGUUAUUGUGAGGCUGGAUUUACCACGGACAUCACCGAGAAUGGCAGAGUGAUACUUGGUGCACCAGGAGGCUAUUAUUUUCAAGGUCAGAUCAUCACUGCAUCUCUUGAUAACAUCAUGAGAAGUGGCAGGACAUUCUCUCCCAAGCACUCAGUGAGCGGUGAGACCAAAACACCACAAAGACGUGACUACUACGACCUGUAUCUGGGAUACUCUGUUGCUUCUGGGCAGUUUAAUGAAGACCGCAUCCCAGAUUAUGUCGUUGGGGUCCCAAACGAUCUGCACACUGCAGGCUCUGUCAAAAUAAUAAACGCCGCAACAGUGCCUCUGCAAAUCAUGAAGGCGAUAAGUGGCACCCAGAUAGCAUCUUAUUUUGGGCAUUCUGUGGCAGUAACAGAUAUUAACAGAGAUGGGUGGGACGACAUUCUGAUUGGAGCGCCACUUUUUUUGGAGCAGCUGUCCACUCAGAAAUUUCGAGAAGUGGGACAAGUAUAUGUUUACCUGCAGAGAAAGGGCUUCUCCUUUUCUUCCAAGCCCAACCAGAUGCUGACAGGCACAUAUGCCUAUGGGCGUUUUGGCAGCGCUAUAGCCCCUUUGGGAGACAUCGACCAUGAUGGGUUUAAUGAUGUAGCUGUGGGGGCACCUGGCUCUGGUGAAGGGGGUCAAGUGUUUAUUUACCUGGGUCAGAGUGAUGGUUUGACGACCCAGUACGUUCAAGUCAUUGAGAGCCCGUUUCACACCCUCAAAGAUCCUCCAAUGUUUGGCUUCAGCAUGAGAGGAGGGACAGAUAUUGAUGAUAAUGGCUAUCCAGAUCUCAUCAUUGGUGCUUGGGGUGCGAGCAAAGUGGCAACCUACAGAGCACAAGCUGUAGUGAGGACACAGGCUCGACUCUCAUUCUUCCCUGAACUUUUGAACCCAGAAGACAAAUUCUGCCAACUCCACCAGAGCAGCACCUUCAUUACUUGCUUUGUAAUAAUGGCAUGCAUCAGUGUAUCUGGACACAGAAUUCCUGAGGAGAUUGUGCUCAACACUGAGCUUCAGCUGGACAGAAUGAAGCAGAGCAUGGCCAGACGAACCCUCCUACUGGAAUCCAACCAGCCAUACACUUACUUCCAACUCACGGUGGAAAGAAACUCUGGAGAUGUCUGUAGGAACUUCACGGCCUACCUAUUGCCUGAGUUUAAGGACAAGCUAAGUCCAAUCUUCUUCUCGGUGAACUACAGCCUGGCUGACUCCCAAGAUGCAGUGCUGCAUGGACAAAGUGUCGCUUUUGGACAGACACGGAUAAUACUAAACUGUGGUCCUGAUAACAUCUGUAUUCCAGACCUGAAGCUGAAAGCAGUAGCGUCAACAGAACCAAUCCUGAUCGGCGAUGAGAAUCCAGCGCUGCUGAUUAUCGAGGCUGAAAAUCAGGGAGAGGGAGCUUACGAGACUGAGCUAUAUAUCAGCCCGCCAGCACACACACACUAUCAGGGUGUUGUGAGCAACCGGCAGGACUUCAGUCACUUGGUUUGUGGUCAGAAGAAGGAGAACGGCUCAGUCAUUGUGGUUUGUGAUCUAGGAAACCCCAUGGAGGGUGGACAUCAGCUGAAAGCAGGUCUUUACUUCAGCAUGGGUGGUCUGGAACAAGUGGAGAACCACAUCACAUUCCAAAUGCAAAUACGAAGUAAGAACAGUCAGAACCCAGACAGUAACCUGGUCCAAUUGCAGGUUAACGUUAAUGCUGCAGCUUCCCUGGAGAUGCGUGGAGUCUCUUCUCCUGUUGACUGUGUCCUGCCUAUUGCUAAAUGGGAGCCAAAGGAUUAUCCAGAAGACUUGAAUGAAGUAGGCCCACUCGUAGAGCAUGUAUAUGAGCUAAGGAACAUGGGUCCCAGUCCAGUCAAUGCAAAGCUUACACUGGAGUUUCCUGUUUCACAAAACGAGUCCUAUCUGCUGUAUGUGUUUGCUAAUGCCUCCCAAGAGCUCAUCUCCUGUCAAACAGACUACUCCAACAUCGACCCACGUGGGCUGGUGAAGCUGGAGUCCUCCAACGUCACCAUAGGCCAAGUUCAUCAUUUCAACAAACGUGACCUGUCGCAAAAAACAGAAUAUGAGCAACAGUGGCAACAUACUGUCCAUGUGAACUGCUCUAAUGGUGACCAGUGUCUUCUGUUUGAGUGUGAGGCUGUGGGACUGCAGAGAGAUGAGAGGGCCAUUGUAAGAGUGAUGAGCAGGCUGUGGGUACAAACCUUCUUAAAGAGACCAUAUGUAAAUUACGUUCUUCACUCCACGGCUCACUUUGAGGUGAAAGAUGUGCCCUCAAAAAUCCAGCCAGUUGUCCUGCCCAGAGGAAAAGCACAGACACACACAAAUAUAAUAUGGAGACGCCCAGAUGGACAAGAGGAGGUUCCUGUGUGGUGGAUAGUAGUGUCAGUCAUCGCUGGGCUCCUUCUACUGGCUGCCCUGAGCACCAUCUUCUGGAAGGUGGGAUUUUUCAAGCGUAACCGUCCUCCAUGUGACGAUGAUGGUGAUGACACGCAGCAACUGAGUGGUGACCAGAACGAGUAAAGACUGCAAAUCUUGAGAUUUAUGAUGCUUUAAAGCUUUUUAAACUUUGUUUGCUAUAUUAUAUUAUAUACUUUAUGCAGUUUUUUUUAAAUAUGUAUCAUGGUGGUUUAUAUGGAGUUGCAGGCAUUAGGUAACCAGCCCAGCAUGCAGUAGAUGUCAUAUAGCUUAGGCAGAAAUAGAAGUAUAUAAAAAAAACAAUAGGAUUGUCUCCAACCCAUGGCCUUUGUUAACGUUCUUAGUAUUUCAGGAAGGUGAUAGUCCAUUUUGAUUGUAGAGAUCACUGAGCUGUACAACUGGCUAUGAACAUUAAACCGUUGUCAUAAAACCAAUGUAACCAAUGUAACCAAUGCUUGUUGACUUUCAUCAAACAUUGUAACUUAAGUCAUUUAAUUUCUGGUGUCUUUUGUUGUUUUUUUGUUUUUUUUUAGUCAUUAAAGGUGCAGUGUGUAAAAUUUGUGAUGAUCUAUUGACAGAAAUGCAAUAUAAUUUACAUAACUAUGUUUUUGGUUGUGCAUAAAGACAUACAAAGUACAUAAUGAACCGUUAUGCAUUUAUUACCUUAGAAUGAGCCAUUUCUAUCUCAUACACCGCGGGUCCCCCAUGUCAAGUUGCCAUUAUGCGCCGACAUAUUUCUACAGUAGCCCUAAACGGACAAACACUCUACAGAUCGUGUUUUGUCAUUAUGUUCUUUGGUGAUUUUCGAGGCAGUUUGCAUCGUCACUGCGUUGAAUACGCACAAAGAAGUAGUAAUAGUUGUAGUCGUCGUCAGGUAUCUAAGAAGCAGAGACUUUUUUGUUAAAAGUAAGAGAACACCUCAUUGCUUCACUGGCUAAUGUACUGCUGUCUCAGACGACAUCUUUGUUGUGUCGGCCAGAUGGCCACCAUAGCUUCUCCGAAAGGGGGGUGUGCAACCUCACCGCGUGGAUGCCGCUAAAAGUUACACAUUGCACCUUUAAAAUGUCUUUUCUGCACUGAAGUGUGGAACUUCAGUGCUUUGGGUUUGAGUAACAAAUUCGUGUUUUGGGGUGCACAGUUUGAGGGUGUGAGUACAAUUAUAUGACCAGUAAAGUCAAAUAUUGUGAAGAGAGUAGCAGUAAUACGAAUAAAAACCACAUAACCUAAAA